GCGACGUGAGUUGGGCGUGCGAGGAGGGAGAAGAGGGCAGUUGGGGAGGCUGGCGUCGAGGUGCGAGACACGUGAAGGGAGAAGAGGUCUUGACAGACCACGAUUGACGAGAUGUACGCCAAGGAGAACUUGGCGGAGUUCACAGACGCGUGGCUGCAGUGGAUCUACGUGAAGGGGUUGCCAUUCAACGCCUCCUAUGGUCUGGAGUUCCAGAAGGUGCAGCAGGUGGCGGAGAGAGUGCCUCGCAGUAUCGAGUUCCGGUCUCCCUCCUCCAGGGUCACAGCGGGCGCCGGUAUCCCUUCGCAGAGGGCGAAGGUGGCGACGAUGGUGAGCGAGGUGCGCGCCGCUUUCCGGCAUAGCGGUGCCUCCAUCCUCUCCGACAGGAGGAAGUCGCGCAGCGGCAAGCCGCUCGUGAACUUCCUCGCCGAGGGCGCCAAUGGCGCCCUGCUAUACGCCACCGUCGCACGCGACGGGUCGGUCCGAGACACUGUGGACAUCGUGUACAGUAGGUGGCGGGCCAUCAUCUUGUCCUUUCCUGCAAAGGACGUGAUCGGCUUCUGCUAUGACUCCGCCAGUAACUAUACGGAGGCAGCGCGCAGAUUCGCCACUGACCCCGAACCCGAUAUUAGGAGGAUCACUUGGCUCCCCUUCUCCACCCAUGUCUGCAACUUGAUGUUGUCAGAUAUCGAGACGCGAGUGGGGUGGGUAAAGGACACCAUCAUCUUCGCUCGAGCGCUUGUGCGAUUUAUUAAAUCGCACGGCGCUGCUCACACCCUGUUUAGGAAGGUGAGCCCUCGCGUUCAGCUCGUCGAGCCCGUUGAGACACGGUUCACAUCGGUUUUCCUGAUGCUGACGUGUCUCAAAGGCCGACGAGACGUGUUGGAUAGCAUGUUGCAUGGGGAUGCUUGGGCACGCAUCCCGUGGAAGCGCAAACAUGUAUCUCAGGCGCAGUGGGUGCAACAGCAGAUCCGGGACGAGGAGUUUUGGCGGUGGUGGUGGCUACAUGUUGCCAUGGGUUAUGGGGACCGGUCGGGGGGGACGACGACAGAGGACGAGGAUGAGGACGGAGAUGUGGAGCCCGAGGUGUGGGGAGCGCGACCUGCUGGCAGUGUUCCUGAGCAGGAGAUCCAGCGGCAGAUUGUCGCUUUCGGUGACAGCCGACCGUCCAGAGCCCAUUCGGUUCGGGACGUGUUCGGUAUCAGGGCGACGGAGCUGCGACCGUGGCCAGAGGGUGGGGAUGAUGUGGACGCUGCUGCGGCGGAUGACGACAUCGACGACGAGUUGACAGACGACGAUGACACGCCUCUGAGUAGCGACCCGACGACUGAGCGGGUGUGCUUCACUUACGGUGGGGGUCGUGACGACAUGGAUUCAUUCACAUCAGUUAUCACUGGUGGUGCGCCAUGGACCGCACAGGCGAGUGGCAGCAGCAGAGCCGGUGGUGGUUGUGGAGGCCGUUCGCAUGCGGAGGUUGGCGUGGACAAUUGGGGGGAGGAGCAGCCACGGGGAGGUCUUCGGCAGACAGGCAGGCGUUGGGAGUUUAGGAGCAACAGCGAGGCCGAGGAGGAGGCUGAGGAUGAGCGGGUGCCCCUUCAUGAUCGUUGCUUCUCUCCCUCCCAUCAUCGGAGCGCUGUACAGCCCGAGGCACUUAGGCGUUCGGAGAGGUUGGCGUCGGCAGCAGGCAGAAACCGGGCACAUGACGGCGAGGAUCGUGGGGGGGAGAGGAUUCCUUCCGACGCUGGUAUCCGCCCCUGCUCGCCGUCGGUGCUCCGCACACACGACUUUGACACCGUAGGGCUUGGUGGGAGCUUGGGAGAUUUCAGUGUCGAGGGACGUCAACGUGCCUCACCGUCGGAGGUGCGCACCGACGCGGACGUUGUGCGGGGCCCUGUUGAGACCGAGGAGGAGAGGGAUGCCCGUUUAGACCGAGAGGAGGAGGAGCGGCUGGGGAGUUUGCCACGAUCGGAGGGUCGGUUCGCGUAUCUUGACAAAAAGCGGCGGCAGAGGGAGUUGGAGACAGGAGCGGGGGGCGGCCGUGAUGUCGAUGACUCGGGUGUCCCUGAGGAGGCAGUUCAGGGGGAGUUCGAUGAUGAGGGACAGUAUGCAAGCGCAGGUGGUGGGUCAGGUGGUGGACGACACGGCGACGGGGAGACCGCGGGUGAUGAUGGGCAGGAUGUUGUCGUGGGCGGUGGGUCCCCUAGUGGGGGGCGUGGCGACAGCGAGACCGCGGGUGAUGAGGGACAAGGUGCCGCCGUGUAUGGGAGAGGAGAGGGUGGACCCGGUGGAGAUGGGGAUACUGCGGGUGUCGGGGGAGACGGUGGACCGGACGUAGAUGAUGACGACGACCACGGUCCCGAGGACGAUGCGUACAGGCUCGCCUUGGUGUUGAGGGACCCCGCAGUACCUCCCUUGCGCCCUGACGACUUAGCGCACAUUUUCUUCGACGUCGAUGCUUUGGCGCAAGCCGGCGUGAGAGGGAGGGAAUCCGGAGCGAGUGACGUGGGCUCCGGCAGACGCAGCGACGGCGGCAGAGACAUUGCAGGAUCGAUGCCUCCAGCACCCGCAUGCCCUCCGGAGGCCAGGGUCGACGUCAGGGGCCAGACAGCGACACCCGAAGUUGCGCACAGUGGCGGUUCCCCGCCGACAGUCCGAGCUGGUGUGGGUGGCGGAUGGUCAUCUGUUCGUCGGGUCGGAGACCAGUUGUGGGCGGAUUACGACGUCGGGAGGGGCGUCUUCAGCGGACGUACGCCAGUUGAGACGCAGGGCGUAUGCAGGCCGUGGAGGGUGGGUCCGGACGUUCGAGCCUGCAUAUGGCAGGCCGCAUGCAUGGACAUGAUGCGGGGAGAGCAGUUCACAUCGGGCGAGCAGGGGUUGUUGAUGCGUCCCGGGACGAGACGACAGCAUGGCCUCUCGGAGGUUGAGGCUCGACUCGCGUCAGGGGUCGCCGCUGGACAGGCAGCAUUGGACGCGAUUCAGAGGGAGAGAGAGAUGGGGAUCGCUGCACGGGCGGCGGAGGACGAGGAUGCAGACACAGAGUUCGAGCCGAUGGAGACUGUGGCCCGCAGACACAGGGCACAGGUGGCCGCAGCAGCCGCAGCAGCACAGGCGGCAUACCUCAGCGGGGCACGGGGCACAGGUGCGGGAGGGAGAGGAAGGCGCCGGGGAGAACCGCAUGAGAACCCCAUAGCCACCGCCAGCAAUGUUCAAGAUGGAACACCACGAGAUUGCAAUAAUUUCUUUCCACUGUUUCGUGACCACGUCUGGAACACCGCGAGAUUGCAGUACUUUCUUUCUGCUGUUUCGUGACGACUUCAGUCCUGUCACCUGCUUUUGUGCAUAUCUUACGCGGCAAUGAAUAGAUAGAUGCUGGCUCUCCGAAGUAGUAGGAGAAUCAAUUGCACGCCGAUGC